CAUGUGACAAUAAACUGACAAUCAGUCUCAGGUUAUUGUGAUUGUGCGUAAUGCUAGUAUUUGUGAAAGGGGAAUAUAGAAAAUAGAAAUUUGAUGACGAAAGUUUCAGUCUACAAAAAUAACUUUGCAGUAAAACCGUGAGUGUAAUCCAUGCAAAAUAGUAAACAGUAAAGAUAAACAAAAUUACACAUUCUUGUGUAGCAGUUGCAUCCUUCUUCAAGUAUUAUGAAGUUUCUUUCUCAAGGUUGAAAACGUGAUCUAUUAGAAUUUAGUCAAAAAACGUGCAGUGUCAUUGACAACAUUUUGUAAUAAAUAGUUUAAAAUGUCACUUAAGCCACGGAAAGUUGAUUUUAAUGCCACUUGGAGUUCCUUGCAGGACACCGUUCGUGGGGUGAUAACGUUGGAUCAUGUCCCCAGGACUGUCUGGAACGACAGAUUUUCAGAUGUUUAUAGUUUAUGUGUGGCUCACCCUGAGCCUCUAGCCGAUAGGCUGUAUGCUGAAACUAAACAGUACCUGAUAGAUCAUGUAGCCAAAUUGUUGAAUAAAAUACAGGAAGGUGGAGAAUCUCAAUUGAUUAGGAACUAUUUUUAUUACUGGUCGCAGUAUUCUGAGGGUGCAGGGUACCUGCACAAGCUUUAUUUUUACUUGAAUCAACAGCACAUAAAGACACAGAAAGGUUCUGAUGCUGAAAUUUUGUAUGGCGGCUCUGAUAUAUCCGGAGCUGGAGAGCAAAUGGAGAUUGGUGAACUGGCCCUGGAAGUUUGGAGGGCUGAUAUGAUAGCCCCCCUAGGUCACCGUCUAGUAAAAUUACUUUUAGAAGUCAUUAACCAAGACAGGGCUCAGCAACCCUUAACAGUUCCCAUUGAAGCAGUCAGGGGAACAAUUUUAAGUUUUGUUGAGGUUCAAUCUUGUAAGAAAAAGGGCCAGUUGCAAUUGUACCAGGAUCUUUUUGAAGAACCCUUUCUGGAUGCCAGCGGCGAACAUUUCAAGAGGGACGCUGCGAGGCUCCUCCAGGAAAAAGACGUCAGCUUAUACAUGGAAAAAGUCAUGGCGAAAAUCGACGAAGAACUACUUAGGGCUAGAAAAUUCUUACACUUCAGUUCAUUACCUAAGGUGUCUCAACGGUGCGAGUCCCACAUGGUGGCUGAACAUCUUUACUUCCUCUAUAGCGAAUGCAUGAAUAUGGUACAGGGUGAACGUAAGAAAGACCUUUCAAACAUGUACAGUCUUCUCAAGAGUGUUCCCAAUGCUAUUUCUGUCCUUGUGGACACUGUCCUUGAACACAUCAAAGCCCAAGGACUUACGGCGGUUAGUAAUCUACAGGGUGAAAGCAUGCACAUCCAUUUCGUAGAAAACUUACUGAAAGUGUACAAGAAGUACAAGCAACUGAUCCAGGAGGUGUUUAACGCCGACCAGAACUUCGUAGGUGCUCUGGAUAAAGCGUGCAGUUCCGUGAUCAAUCAUAAAAGCAACGGGGGCCGGGGGCCGUGCCGCAGUCCCGAAUUGCUUGCCAAAUACUGUGAUACUCUAUUGAAAAAGUCUAGCAAGGGGAUAAGCGAGAGCGAAGUAGACGAGAAACUGUCCCAAAGCAUAAUUAUAUUCAAAUAUAUCGAUGACAAAGAUGUUUUUCAGAAAUUCUAUUCGCGCAUGCUCGCCAAAAGGCUUAUACACCAGCAGACGCAGAGCAUGGACGCCGAAGAAGCCAUGAUUAACAGGUUGAAACAGGCUUGUGGCUACGAAUUCACGAAUAAAUUGCACCGGAUGUUCACAGACAUGUCUGUCAGUGCCGAUUUAAAUAACAAAUUUGGCGAAUUUUUGAAAAAAGAAAACAUCGAUUUGGGCAUCACGUUCAAUAUACAUGUAUUGCAAGCGGGGGCUUGGCCCCUCGGGCAAACGGUCGUCACUCCAUUCGCUUUGCCUCAACAACUCGAGAAAAGUGUACAAAUGUUUGAAAAGUUCUAUCACACCAGUUUCAACGGGCGCAAGUUGACCUGGUUGCAUCAUCUUUGUCAGGCGGAACUUCGACUUGAAUACUUAAAAAAACCUUAUCUGGUAACGAUGCAGACGUUUCAGAUGGCUAUUCUUCUCCUCUUCGAAAACACAGACGUCCUCACAUGCGGAGAAAUCCGGGACACGUUGCAGUUGAGUAACGAACAGUUCCAAAGGCACGCGAGCAGUCUUAUAGAUUGCAAGUUCCUCCUCAGCGAGUCCGAGGAUUUAAAAUCAGAAUCGUCCCUUCGUCUUAACUUGGAAUACUCAAAUAAAAGGACGCGGUUCAGGAUUACGGCAGCUGUGCAGAAGGAGACGCCCCAGGAAGUCGAACAUACCAUGAAUUCUGUAGAAGAAGACAGGAAAUUGUACCUUCAGGCCGCCAUAGUCAGGAUAAUGAAGUCUAGGAAAGUUCUCAAGCACAAUCAACUUAUUCAGGAAGUCUGUGCCCAGUCGAAAGUGUCUUUUGCACCAAGUAUUCCGAUGAUCAAAAAGUGUAUAGAAGCCCUAAUAGACAAACAGUACAUAGAGCGGACUCCCCACUCGAGUGAGGAGUACAGCUACGUAGCUUAAACACAGACGGUGGUCCCCCCCCCCAAAAACGGGGGCUUCUGUUGUUAAUAAAUGUUGUCUCUGGUGAGUUUGUUUUUCGAAAAGAAAAAAUUAUAUAAAAAAAUGCGCGCUUAAAUAGUCUUUUCUUUAUUUUAUACAUGCGAUUUUCCUCGUAUUUUUUCUUGUUGUGACUCGAGGUUUUACGCAGGAUUAUUGCUUUUUAAAUUCCUAAUCAGUUUUAUUAAAAAAAAAGUAACAAUAGUGGUAUAUGCAAAUAGAGAAAUUAAACAACUUUUUUUUUUAUCGUGAUCAUGCCAGUCUCGGAGAGAAUUUUACUAUUUUCUUUCGGCUCUUUUGUUGCUUUCAAAGCACGCUUGAGGAAAUUUCCGACAUUUCCUUUGUUAAAAAAGAAAAUCGUCUGUAAUUAUUACAAGCACAGGUCCACACUUAAUGUAUAAAAAUUGCAACGCUCGUUUUGUACAUACUUCAUAUAUAUAUAUUAUAUAUAGUAUAUUGUUUGUAUCGCGACGUUUCGAUCCUCGUUAAUAUUAAUUACUACUCUGGUUCCAUGUACGGCGCAAUAAAGUGGAGACUGUAAAUUUUUACUACGCCCCGAAAUGAAUGUUAUGUAUUUUUAUUCCAAUUAAAGAAUAAUACAUG